AUGCAGACGACCUUGCAAACGGAUGAAGUUACCAAUACCCAAGCUCUUAGAAAAGGAAAGAGGAAAAGGACAGAGACAAUGGACUCAGAGAAUGCCAACAGUGACAUGGAUAAAGGACAGAGAGACCCAUUCUCGGGAAAUGCCUUUCUGCCCGGCGAGAGCUCCAGUGAGGAUGAUGAGCCUUUAGAAGAAUUGUCGAAGGAGGAAUUGUGCACGAAAAUAAAAAGCCUGAAACAGAAACUGACAAACACCCGGAAAGAGAACAGCCGACUUCGACAGUCUUUGGUCAUGCUUCAAGUGUUACCACAAGCAGUGACCCAGUUUGAAGAGUUGGUUGGUAUGGCGGAGGCCGUGCUUAAGGGCCGAGGAACCAUGUUUACAUCUUCAUCCACCCUCUGGAGGGCUACGAACAACUCCUCACCAGAUUCAUUUGCCUCCAUGUGCAGUAAUUCUAGUUCAAAUUCUAAUUCCAGUUCACCAGUUUCCUUGAGAGCUGAAGAAGAGCAUCACACUGAUGAGAAGCAGUUCAAGAUUGAAAAAUGGCAGAUUGCUCGUUGUAACAAGAGCAAACCUCAGAAAUUUAUUAAUGACUUAAUGCAAGUACUUUACACAAAUGAAUACAUGGCCACACACAGCCUGACUGGUGCAAAAUCCUCUACUUCAAGGGAGAAAACUGUAAAGCCAGCUAUGAAUCAGAACGAAGUUCAAGAAAUCAUAGGAGUCACAAAACAGUUAUUCCCCAACACUGACGAUGUCUCAAUCAGAAGAAUGAUAGGGCAAAAGCUGAACAACUGUACUAAGAAGCCAAAUUUAAGCAAAAAUAUGAACUCUCAAGAUAUUAAGUAG